AAAUAUUCGUCCGGGGUCACGGAAGUAGAGUGUGUUUUGUUCCACACGGACCCGUUUAGCGUGUGUACACGGUGCCCCACGAACAGCUCACCGGAUGUUGUCCCGAAAGCUCACAUGUUGACAAGUAAAAUCGUUUUUUUUUACUCUAACGGUGUUUAGGUUGUUCAUUUACACGCAAGACUUUCCGAAUCAUGUCGGCGUCGUUGGUCAGGAGAGGACUGGAGCUGCUGAGCAAAGACAUCAAAAGUGACAUGAGGGGGAAGAAGAAGAAGAAGCCGCCCACGCCCAGCUCCGCCACAGUGAGGACGCUGGUGAGCACCAAGCGGCAGGGCGUGACCAGGCAGGUCAAGCGGCUGCAGGGGCGCCUUGGUCCCGGCAAGAGCAAAGCCACGGUCAAAGACAAGAGGAUCAAGUGUGUUGUGGAGGAGUUCCGAAAGAAACAGCGGAAAAGUCUGAUGAAGCAGAACCUCAAAUUCCUGAUGAGAGAUGGAUUUAAAGCCACCAUGUCAGACACGUUGAAGAUCCAGAGCUACAACACAGGACGGCAGUCCUGCAAUCAUCUCAACGAGGAUCCUCAGACUCCCAAAGACACGCCGGUGUUCACGGAGGAGGAGUUUGAGCACUUCCAGAGGGAAUAUUUUGGCGCAAAGAAAAAUAGUUGAUCCGAACAAUAAACUCUGAGGAGAGGCCACGCUGAUCGACUGGACGGAAGAAUGGACUCACUCAAGUAACAAUGUCCAGUGUUGACUUAUUCUCAAAUUCCAUUAAAUAAAUACUCUAGCCCAGGCCUGGGCAAUUAUUUUACUCGGGGGCGCAGAUUUAGAUUAAAAAAAGUGUAUCUGGGGGCAGGUAUAUCUAUUUUUAGGAACACUAAUACAAAACCUCACAAUAAUGAUUGAAAGCUAAAAACGUUAUGACAGACCGCCUUAAAAAACGGAAUGGAAUUUGACAUUUUUUUACUGAAUGAGACACCCAGGAUGUAGAUGAAUAAAAAGAAUGUGGGGUUUACAAUAUUAACUAUGAAGGAUAAAACACUGAAUAUUGACAACAUAUUUUACAAUCAACCGAAACACAACCAAAAUGCAACAAACAUAGUGAAAUAUGAACGCGAAGGGUUCUGAGAUAUCUGGUAGUGACCAAAGUAACUAAUUAGAUAAUAAUAGUAACUAAUUAGAUGACCAUAGUAACUAAUUAGAUGACCAUAGUAACUAGUAUAUAAUGCAGCUUCCAAGCAUUGAAAGACUUAGUAUAGUUGAGGAUUUACGCUCAUUAGAAAACAUCACUGCACAUUAUAAUGGCAGCUACACUUUCCAUCUUAAACAUCUAAAACAAUUAUUUGGGGAUGUCCGCCGGGCCAGAUUGAAAAGCUCAACGGGCCGCAUGUGGCCCCCGGGGCCUUAAUUUGCCCAUGUCUGCUGUAGCCUGUGAAUUUUCAUGCCAUUCAAAGCUAAUGAAUUUCCUAACGUGUAUUUAUAUUAAAUGUGUAACCUCACAACUCAAUAGACUUACUGUAUUUAUUGUACUGCCAAUUUAGUUUGAAGGACUGGGAGGGAAUAAACCGCGAUGUUUGUGUAUUAACUCAAGUUGACCACCAGGGAGCAGUGUGGUCCACCUGUCACCAACAACCAUAAACUAAAUUGUUGUGAAGUUGAUAUAAGUUGAAUAUACCAGAGGUGUCCAAAGUGCGGCCCGCAGCUAAUCGUUUACCGGCCCCCCACACAUUCUGCAAAAAUUGCAAAAUUGAUAGUAUUGCAAAAAUAAAGUGGAUUGAGGUGAAAUCUAACGAGAAAACGUUGCAAUGUUGACACAAAACUGCCAUGCAGGCUGUUUUUUUUUUCUUUUGUCUUUGUUUAUUUUUAUUUUUUUUUGCCAUUGCUCGGAAAAAGACAAAAAAUCUAUGUUACAAUGAAUUAUUACUUAAAAAAUGUCACUUUAAAAUGUUUUAUGUGGAAAAAAUAUUGCAUAUAUUGUGUGGUUGCCAUAUAAAAACAUCAAAGUUUUAUUUGACAAAAGAGCAUAAAACAAAUAAAAUAAUAGUUCAAACGUAAAAUCGACAGAUAU